CAAAUUUUAGCAGGUGCUCUUAUUAACUCUCCAAUUAGGAGAUUUUAAAAAUGGCAUCUUGACAACAACAAAACAUUCGUGGAUAAAUAAACAAUAAAUAUAUCUGUUUAAUUCAUACAGUUACUCUGUGUGUCACACAGUGGUUCAAAAUGCCUAGUGCAGGUGCAGUAUGCCCUCCAGUUAUACUACCUAUACGUAAACAGGUUUAUGGCCAGUCAACAUCACGUGUUGAUACAUCAACACUUAUAGAAAUAAUCUGUGAUACACCAGACACUAAAAUUUACUUCACUGCAAAUGGAACAAAACCGUUACCUUUCCAGCGUAAGAUAGGAGGAAAUGAGGUCACUCAUAGAUACACUGCCCCCUUCACACUUAAGGAGGGUAAAAGAACAAUAAAAGCUGUAGCAGUAACAAGAGAUGGUAUAAAGGAAAGCGAUGUGUUCAGUAAAUCAUUUGUUGUUGAUGACAUAGCAAAGAUCAAUUCUAGUCCGAUACCUACAUCGUCUUCCUCUGACCUUGACACUACAGAUUUCUUUGACUCAGACGGUUUAGACUACACAGACUCUACUCUCAAAAGCAGCAAAUCUAGUAAAUCUAGUAAAGGCAAAACUAAAAAGAAGAGCAAGUCACCUAUUAGGAAUUUAAGAUCCAGAUCUAGAUCAAAAUCGCCAACUCGCCAAUAUUUACCAAAAGAUGCGUGGGCAAGUGGAACUGUCACAGAAACUGAUGGAGAAUAUCCUCCAAUACCAGACGGGCCUUUCAAUCCAACAAAUUAUUCAGGGACACAGAUCAAUGUUUGGGGCGGUGCACCACCACCCCUGGUACAAGGGGUACCUGGUGUCGUAAAUCUUGGCCAGCCUGGAAUCUGCAAUCCUUACACUACACAAUAUGGUUACCUUACAGAGAAUAUGCUACAGAAUUGUAAUCCAGACACCAAACAUGUGACAGUUGGUGAUUUACGGAAGAUGAUGAGAUCCAGACAGCAGGACACACCUCCAGCUGUGACAGCUCCGCCCCCUGCAGAAACAAUUGAAGUGCCAGUGUAUAAGGACCCGCCCCUCAAUCCCAUAAGUCCUGGAGGAGGAGAUUAUAAAGGGAAUCUACUGCAUGUAUACGCUCACCUGAUAAACUAUGCUAACAACCAUAAAGACUUCAGAUUACCUGUAGCAGAUCCUAAAAUGGGAAAGAUUCUGGAAGGAAAAUUUACAGAUCAACCAGAUUGUUUUGAGUUUACACUAGUUUUUGAAAAGCCUGGCAUAAAACGAGGGUCUAUCAAAAAGCCAGAAAAGAAACCGGAAAAACCAAAACCCAAGCCAAAGAAGGAGGAGAAGAAGGUGGAGAAAAAGGAGGUACCUAAACCUAAACCCAAACCAAAGAAACCUCCCACUCCAGAGAAAGAUCCAUUCUUUGCCAUGGAAACAGAAGACUUAAAUCAACAAGGUACGGUGCAGCCAUAUGCUAAAUUUAACGCGGAGCAAGAUGCGGAGGUGUUGAAGGGUGCCAUGAAGGGUUUGGGCACCGACGAGGAAACUCUUAUUAAUGUUUUAUGCUAUAGAUCUAAUACACAAAGACAAGAACUGGUCUCCACAUACAAGACAAUGUUUGGAAAGGAUUUGAUAGAAGAUAUAAAGAGCGAGACGAGCGGACAUUUUUGUGACACGUUGAAGGCAUUAUUGAUGGCUCCAGCAGAGUACGAUGCCUAUCAGUUACGUAAAGCAAUGAAAGGCCUCGGCACCGAUGAAGAUGUUCUCAUUGAGAUCCUGUGUACCCGGUCAAACGCACAACUUAAAGAAAUCAUCAGAGUUUAUAAAGAAAAAUUCAAUCGUGACUUAGAGAAGGACAUAAUAUCGGACACAUCAGGACACUUUAAGAAGUUGCUUGUAUCACUGCUGCAGGCAAGUCGUAGUGACAGUAAAGAAGUGGACAGAAACAAGGCCAACCAAGAUGCUAAAGAACUGUAUCAGGCUGGAGAGAAGAAAUGGGGAACAGAUGAAUCAAAAUUCAACACAAUUUUGGUGACAAGAAGUUAUCCUCAAUUACGUGCCACAUUUGAGGAAUAUCAGAAAAUAUCCAAGAAAGAUAUCGAAGGUGCUCUAAAGAGUGAAAUGUCAGGAGAUAUCUUGAGAGGCAUGCUCACUGUAGUGCGCUGCAUAAAACACAAGUUCAAUCAUUUUGCCCGGCAGUUGCAGAAAACAAUGAAAGGUAUCGGGACAGACGAUGAUACACUGGUGCGAGUGGUAGUGUCCAGGUGUGAGAUAGACUUGGCUAAUAUAAAAGAGGAAUUCCAGAAGUUGACUGGACAAACACUGGACCAAUACAUCUCUGAUGAUAUAUCAGGGGAUUAUAGAGAUGCCAUUCUUUCAUUGGUCGUAGGGGGAGAACCACCAGAUAUGGCCUCAAAAUCUGGGAAAGGUUUUGUAGAAGCAGUUAAGCACAAAACAGAAGAAGAACUUGAUGAAGACAUUAAGAUGGAAUCAGAACCUGUCCAAGAAGAUCCUACUCUAGUACCAGCUGAAAACUUUAAUGCCGAGACUGACUCAGAGGUAUUGAGAAAAGCCAUGAAGGGUUUUGGUACUGAUGAGGCAGCUUUAAUCAAAGUGAUAGGAUAUCGUUCCAACGAUCAAAUGUUAGAGGUCGUAAAAACCUAUAAAACAAUGUUUGGUAGAGAUCUGAUCGCAGACUUGAAGAGUGAGACAAGUGGUGGAUUUAAGAAACUGUUAGUUGGACUAUGCAUGGUACCAGCAGAUUUUGAUGCUAUGAGUCUACAUAAUGCUAUAAAGGGCCUAGGAACAGAUGAACAAGUUUUGAUUGAGAUUAUAUGCUCUAGAUCUAACCAACAACUUAAAGACAUAAAGGCAGCUUAUAAAACAAAUUACAAUAAAGAGUUGGAAGCAGAUGUUUCUGGGGAUACAUCUGGAGAUUUUAGGAAGAUUUUAAUCAGUUGUUUACAAGCUAACAGACCAGAAGGUCAAGAGUUUGACCGCAACAAGGCCAAACAAGAUGCCCAGGCCCUGUAUGAUGCUGGUGAGAAGAAAUGGGGAACUGAUGAAUCUAGGUUUAAUAUGAUACUGUCAGCUAGAAGUUUCCCUCAGUUACGAGCAACAUUCCAAGAGUACGCAAAAAUAGCUAACAAAGACAUAGAUGAUACUAUACAGAGUGAAAUGUCCGGAGACUUGAAGAAUAGCAUGCUUACUAUAGUGCGAUGCAUCAGGAACAAGGCUGCCCAUUUCGCCUCAGAGCUUCAUAAAUCAAUGAAAGGUCUAGGUACAGAUGAUGAUACACUGUGUAGAGUGGUGGUCUCCCGUGCUUGUGUAGAUAUGGUGCAGAUUAAACAAGAGUUCCAAAAAAUGUUCAAACAAACUCUUGGAAGCUUUUGUGCGGAUGACCUCUCAGGGGAUUACAAGAAAUUAUGUUUAGCUGUGAUAAGAGAAGAAAGUGCUGGAAAAUAAUUAUUUGCUUGAUAAAACAGUAAAUAAACAUAUAGACAAAGUUAUGACAAUUUUUAGGCAAAAUAUUUCUUUAUAAUCACCAAUCCUACCCAGAAAGUGUUUAUCAGUUAAAUAAAAAAGGAUACGAAGGUUAAAAUAAAACAGUUUUAAUGCUAACUAAAUGCAGGAAAAUAAAUUAUUGUGGUAUAACAUUGGUUGUUGUAAACAUAGACAACAAAUUAAAUACAUGUAUUAUCCUUCAGUGCAACUAACUUGGACAAGAAAGAGUGGGAAUUGUUUGUGCAAAAAACAUCACUAAGUUAAAAAGGGAUUUUUGUUCAUAAUUACAGAUACUAAAUAGUUAAUAUGCUAGGUAUAUUCAAGUGUUUAUUAUGAAACUUGACCUUGCUGGAGGUACAAUGUAUCAAUUUUUCCAUAAGGAUUUGCUUAUAUUUGAAUAUAAUAAUGCUUUUUAUAUCAAAAGUCUAUGGAAACUCUUACUUUUACUUACUAUAAUGUUGCUUUCAAUGAUGUUUACGGAAGUAGGUAGAAAACGGGUUUUAA